GGCGGAUCGUACCCAGAAAGAACCAACAAUCCCUACACAAAACCAGACAUCAUGACAGUAACUCCAACUGAAUACCCUCAACGACCCAUCCCUGAGCGAUCCAUGUCACAGGAUGAAGAGUCGGGUUAUGAUUCCCCUGGCUCAGCUACCCCCAGCAUGCCUGAUGUUUAUUUCUCAAGUCCUCACUUGAAGUAUUUAAACCAGCAAUUGCAGACUCUCGAGCCGGAAGAAAUCCUCAAAUGGUGCAUGAUUUCUCUCCCAAAUCUAUUCCAGACUACAGCCUUUGGCCUUACCGGUCUCGUGACACUUGAUAUGCUAUCCCGUAUCAAUGCUGGGGCGCCCCGUCAGAUUGAUCUUAUCUUCCUCGAUACCCUCUACCAUUUCGAUAAAACCCUCGAACUUGUCGACAGAGUCCGUGAGCGUUACCCAAACUCGAAACUACACAUCUACAAGCCGAGCGGAUGUGCCAAUGCACGAGACUUUGAAUGUAUCCACGGGGAUAAUCUAUGGGACACCAACGACAAUCUCUACGACUAUCUUGCCAAGGUUGAGCCCGCACAGAGGGCUUACGCAGAACUCAAUGUGAAGGCUGUCCUCACCGGUCGUAGAAAGAGUCAGGGCGGAAAGAGGGGAGAUUUGGAUAUUAUCGGGCUGGAUGAUGCAGGGCUCAUUAAGGUCAACCCUUUAGCGAACUGGACGUUCAGGCAGGUUCGGGACAUCGGGGACUGGCAUAGCACCAGUCCUAUUGCGGAGGGCGAAGACGAGCGGUCCGGUAGAUGGAAGGGCACCAACAAGACCGAGUGCGGUAUUCACAACCACCGCUCCAAGUACGCCGAAUACCUGCUCCAACAAGAGCAAAAGAAGAAUGGAGAAGCCCUUGUCGAUGCCCUCCACGAAGUCGAGUUACAACGGGACAUCUAGCCGGAUAACAAGCAAUGAAGAUGUUGGUGGUUUCUUUUUCAUCAUUACUGUCUAUAUUUCCCGUGAUUCUUGGGCAUCGGUAUGUUUCUUUACUGUGAAAAACGAGUUCAUUUCAUCAGUUUCUCUUCAUGGGCGGAGAACGGCGUUAUAUCUUUUUUCUUUUUUCCCUUUCCCAUUUGUUUGUCAUUGCCAUGACUUACAUACAUAUUAUUUCCUUUUUCUUUCCCGCCAUCCCCUACUUUUGAGUACUAGUAGCAAAUAAAUCGAGAUGAGCAAUUCUAUCGUGAA